AUGUUCGGACUUUCGUACGAGAACCCAGACACGCUCAUCGAGCUUUUCGACAUGGGACAUGACGUGAAUUACGGGACCGGGCCGAACCUGAUGGAGAAGCUCGGCCUUGCAGGCAGGACUAUUAAGCCGGUCAAGCUGAUUCUCACUGAUGUCGAUGCAUUUUGUGAUGGCAGGCUUCAGGCAUUGAUUACCUGGGUCAACCCCAUGUGCUGUUUUUGA